GCUAGCAAUGGCAGAGCAUCAGAAAAUACAUCCAGUGGAUCCAGAAGCGCCACCACCCACGGUGCCAUUAGUACCAGAGGGUUCAACAAGAUCGGAAAAAGGUGAUCCAGUCGAGCAAUACCCUCCAGUGUACCGCCGGACAUUUCCGGUGGUGCAAUCGAAUCCACCACCAAAGAAGAGAAGUUGUAGUUGUUGCAGGUGUUUGUGUUGGACAAUUAGCCUUCUCAUACUUCUAGUGAUUAUCAUUGCAGCUACGGUUGGUAUUCUUUAUCUUGUCUUCCAACCAAAAGUUCCCUCCUACUCCAUAGAUCGUUUGAGGAUCACUCAGUUUAUGAUAAACACAGAUAUGAGCCUCUCUGCUAAAUUCACCAUUAGGCUCACAGCUAGUAAUCCAAACAAGAAAAUAGGAAUAUAUUAUGAGGAUGGAAGCAACAUUAGUGCUUGGUAUACAAGUACUAAGUUAUGUGAAGGGUCUUUACCAAAAUUCUAUCAAGGUCAUCAGAACACUACUGUUCUUGAUAUCCAAUUAACAGGUCAAAUUCCUAACGGGAAUAUUGUUGUUCAGGCAUUAUCUCAGCAACAACAAACAGGCAAUAUUCCAUUGAUUCUUAAUGCUAAAGUUCCAGUGAGUUUGAAGCUUGGAAGAUUGAAGCUUAUGAAGGUGAAGCCUAAUGUCAGGUGCAAUUUGGUGGUGGAUAGCUUGACUCAGAAUAAUUUGAUUAGCAUUAAAACUAGUAGCUGUAAAUUGAUGCUUAAGCUUUAGUUUUUU